CUUCGCUCGUUUAUGUUGUGCGUUCUGACUGAAUUCGCACAUGCGGUUUUGGUUCAAAGUCAGUUUGGAAUUGUAGUAAAAUAUAAUCAUGGAUAGAAACGAACUAGAAAAUAUUAAUCCUGAUAUCUUCAGUCGAUUGCCCGAUAGGGAAUUUACUGAAAGAGAUUUUGAAGUUGAAAAUUUACCAAUUGAUCAACGAGAAGUGUUCGAUCAUAUAAGAGAUAUCAAAGAUCCAGAACAUCCUAUGACUUUAGAAGAAUUGAAAGUUGUGGAAUUAAGCGCAAUUGAGGUUAAUGAUGAAGCAAAUUUUUGCCAUGUUCAGUUUACUCCUACUAUUCCUAAUUGCAGCAUGGCUACUUUGAUUGGGUUGGCAAUCAAAGUGCAACUUUUAAGACUUUUACCAGCACGUUUUAAGAUAGAUGUAACUAUUACUCCAGGAACUCAUAAUACAGCUGAUGCAAUAAAUAAACAGUUGGCUGACAAAGAAAGGGUAACUGCUGCUCUGGAAAAUACGUAUUUGCAUACAGUCAUCAAUGAAUGUUUACUCUUCCCUGAACCACAGUUUGUUCCAAGAUUUAUAGGGAGAGCCUUAGAGGAAACCAAAAAGGCAGAUCAUCAGAAGGUUAGGUAUAUCCAGUAUAGUAGACAGCAUAUUGAAAGCUACCGUCGUUGGCGUGAUAUCAUUUAUGGUAGUGAAAAGAAAUGGAAGAGUAGCUUAGUAUUUAAUGUGUAAAAUAUUCUAUUCUAUAAUAAAUGUAAAUAAUGUUGAAUACAAAUUGUUUUAUUUUACUUUGUAGAAUGCAUUUCUUCUGUUUUCUCCAUUUCAUUAGUACUUAUAAUUAUUUUUUGUGUAAACAAAUGUUUUAAAAUAAUUUAGACCUUUGAUUUUGAAAUAUACACAAAAAUCAUUUAAUUUUAUUAAAUUGCAUCUUCAUUUUACUUUACAUUUUAAGAUUUGACAAAAUAUCAAUUUUAGCAUUGAAAUUAAUUUUGUAUUAUAGUUUAUUUCAUACAAAAAUGUAUAUUUUAGUUGGCAGAUUAAACAGGUUUCUUUUUUUUUUUUUAAAUCCAUAUUAUCUACAUCAUUAUUAUAAAUAAAUAACAAAAUUAAGAGUUUUUUUUAACUUAAUUGUUUUGAUUAAAUCUGAAAUCUUUUCCUCACAGGAAAUAGUUUUAUUUCAAUUUUAUUUAAUUACAGUUUUGAUGUGUUCUUAUUGUCCAAACUGGCAUAAUCUCUUCUAAGGACUUGUGAUAUGGUAAAACAAUUUUUAACAGUAAUACGGUUUUGAAUUUGAGGCUUAGGUUACUGUGAUUAGCUUCUGCAUUUCUGAUUCAAAAUUAUGUUUUAAAAUUUAAUUGAAUUACUUAAAAGAAAAUUUCCAUUUAUGGAUAAAAUGUUGUAUUUGGGUACUUUUUGAAAGUUUAAAAUCGAAUUAAUAAAAUUAUUAAAGUAAUAACAGUCAUCCUUUAUUCUUUUUUGUUUGGACAUUCAGAUAAUUGUCUAAAGAUGUAUAGUAGUGCAAACAACAGGUUUUUUCCCAUCACUUUAUUUAUAUUUUUUACCCCUUUUAAAUUUAUUUAUUUAAAAAGGUCAUCUAAUUUUUUAAAAAUCUAAUUAAUUAACAUACUACAUUUUAAAACUGGUACAUUGUAAUUUGCAUUACUUUGAUAUAAAUAUCAUCCACCAUUAAAAUACUAUAAAAAUAAAUCUUAGUUAAUAAUUUCAUUUUUGGUAUAAUGCAAAAUUUUAGUUAUUUUUGUAUUCUGUACAAUUUAUGUAUUUAUUCAUUUUUUCUGCUAAAUUAAUUGA